AUGGACGCCUUCGAAAAGAAAACCCUCAAGACCUCGCGAGGCUACACUUACACAUACUACGUGGCUGAAGGCGACAAGUCCCUCCCGACCCUCUUCUUCCAACAUGGAUGGCCUGACCAUGCAGCCAUGUGGAAGGAUGUAGCAGGCCCUCUCCGUUCAACCAAACAUCCCAUCAUCAUUCCCGACCUUUUGGGAUACGCUGGGACCGACAAGCCCACCGAUCCCGCCGAGUAUAAGUGGGACGUCAUGACCAAAGACCUCAUCGAAAUCAUGGACAACGAAAAGGCUAACAAAGUCAUCUCUAUCGGCCAUGACUGGGGUUCGGCCUCCGCAUCGCGUUUAUACCACUACCACCCGGACCGCGUCGUCGGUUUAGUCAUCUUAAAUGUCGGGUAUAUGGCACCAAGUCGCGAGCCAUUCGAUCUCGACACAAUGAACAAAGCGACGGAGCAAGCUUUCGGCUACCCUCUUUUCAGUUACUGGACUGUCUUCGCCGCAGACGACGGACCGGCCCUUUUGAAAGAAAACAUAGAGCUCAUGUACAACGCCAUGCAUAGCGGAGCCGACACCCUGAAGAAGAUCUUCACGGGCACCAACGCGAUGCGCGAAUAUCUUACUACUGGUAAUGCCGAGUUUAAGCUUCGCCCGUAUGCCCAGGAUCCGCAGUUCAAGCAGGCGUUCAUUGAACGCAUGGCGCGUGACGGCUUCGAAGGCCCGCAAUGCUGGUACAAAGCUACUGCGCAAAACUUCCAGACCCAGUGCGACUCGAAGCUGCCAGAGGGCGUGGACAAGGUCGAUUUCCCCGUGCUGUACAUUGGGGGAAAGGACGAUUCCGUGUUUCGGCCUGAAGCUAUGUAUCCGGCGAUCCAGGCGGGCUUGUUACCGAAGUUGGAGCAGACCGAGCUUAUUGAUGCGGCGCAUUGGGUGAUGUAUGACAAGCCGGGUGAACUUGUGACGAGACUUGAGGCGUGGUUGAAGAAUCAUUAUGCGUAA